AUGAGCUCUCAUAAAGUAGGCCUAGAGAUUGUCUACUUGACCCUGCUUUUGUUUGGAAUCCUAGGAAAUAUGUUUCUUAUUUAUCUACAAAGCCUUAAGUUCAUCACUGAUCACAGGAAAAGAGUCAUUAACCUGAUAAUCAUCAAUUUGGCCUUAGCUCAUACCCUAAUGAUCAUUUUCCGAGGAAUCCCCAUAAUAACAGAUGUAUGCGGAUGGAAAUCUUCUCUGACUGACAUGACUGGUAAAAUCAUCACCUACCUUAUAACAGUAACCCGGGGUGUUUCCCUUAGCAGCACCUGUCUCCUGAGUGUCUACCAGGCUAUCACCAUCAGUCCCAACAGCCCCAUGUGGGCAGAGAUCAAAACUAGGGCCCCUAAAUAUGUUGUUUCCUGCUCUUUGCUCUGCUGGAUUCUCAAUAUUCUUCUGGAUGUCAUUUUGGCUGCAAAUGUCAGUAGUCCAAAGAAUAGCAGUAAAGAAAGCUGGAAGAUUGGUCAUAGCUCUUUCGACUUACAUUCUAUAAAUACUAUAAAAAUUCUCAUUUUGAAAUCCAUUGUUGAUGCCCUAUUUGUGGGUCUCAUGAUCUGUUCCAGUGGCUAUAUGGUGUUUGUCCUUCAUAGACACAACAAGCAAGUCCAACACAUUCAUAACAUUACCCGCUCCCUCAGAAAACCCCCUGAGUCCAGAGCCACCAAAGCCAUCCUGAUGCUGGUGAUCACCUUUGUCUUCUUUAACUCAACCAGUUCCCGUUUCAUCAUUUAUUUGGCUUCUGCUGUGGCAACUAAGCACUGGAGUCUACGUUUCACUAUUGUCCUCUCUGUGUUUUAUCCAGUAGUCAGCCCCUUUAUGCUGAUCAGCAUUGACACACAGACCUCCUGGUCUUUACACGUUCUCUUAGGUUUGAAGAGGUUCUCCUAG